GUACGGCAGCUUUCCAAUAUGAGCAACCUGCCAAUAAUUAAAGAGUUAGGCCAGGUCAUUAAGCCUGCCCUUAAUGGUGCAAGUCUGCAUUCCUAUGAAGUGGCUAAUCUUACUCAGCCCGGCGAGAAUUAUGGCAGUGUCUUAAUAUCUAUACGCGCUCUAGUACAAGGCGCUGAUGGAACAUUGUUUAAUAAGCGGCUGGUGGCUAAAGUGCCGCCAACAGACCCUAAAUAUUGGAAAUUUAUACAACCUGAACGCACCUGUUUGGCUGAGAAUGCAAUUUACGAGGUAUUGGCGCCUGAAUUGAUCGCUCUGCAAGAGGAGGCAGGCAUUCCCGAUAACAUGCAGUUCGAUGGCUUCGCGAAGUAUUUUGGGUCACGCAUAUCCUUAACUCCAAGUUCCAAAAUUGUGGACAAGGACGCAAUUCUGAUUUUGGAUGAUUUGCGGGAUGAGAACUACGUUCCGGGUCAAAGGCUACGACCGUUUGACCUGUCCCACACCCACCUAUCUUUAAGGUAUAUGGCACAAUUCCAUGCUCUAACCAUUGCGCUGCGAGUGAAGAAACCGGAUGUCUUUCAAAAGAAAGUGCGGCCCUUCUUUGACAAAUUCGAUUGGCAUGCAGCUGAACCAGAGGCAAAGGCCACCAUGAUAGCGGAAACAUUAGCAGAUAUUAAAGCAGCCACAAACAACGACCAGAAUGCGAUAAGGACGAUCAUGAAAUUGUCAACUGAAUUUUUCACAUUUCUCGCCUCGCCGCCAAUAGAAAAUAAUCCAUUUAACACUGUCAUCCACUCAGACAUGUGGACAAUGAACUUAAUGUUCAAGUAUGACCCUUCCGGCCAGCCCACGCAAUUGAAACUAAUCGACUUUCAAACGGCGCAGUUUGAUUCUGUGGUACAUGACCUAAUAGCAUUUCUGUUUACAAGCGUAUCAACGCGUAUUUUAGAGGAUAAUUACCACAGUUUGCUGACAUUCUACUUUAAUGCCUUCAUUGAUACUCUGCUUAAAGUGGGCGUUAAUAGCAAUGCAUAUAGCUACGAGGCGUUCCUUGCUGAGUUAAAGCGCAUCGCCUACAUUCAAGUGCCUCAUGCUAUAUUCAUGACCCGAUUUAUUCUGGCAGAGCAGGUUAAUGGUAGUGCGAAUGCUCUCGAACUGCAUGAGGUGCUAAAGGGCACAAAUUCGAAUCGAGUUCAUAGCAAGCUAAUUGAAAUUUUGCGGCUGGCACAUAAAUUCGAAAUAUUAUUUUUAGAAUAAUU